AUGUUGCAUUUAUUUCACAGUCCUCCUCAACAGACAACUUUGCUUACUCCUCGUCAAUUUGAAGAUGUCGAGCGAUCUCCGCCCCGGUUGAGGCACUUUGGGGUACCUGGCCUCUAUAUUCGGCCUUCCCUCCCCAAAUCGGAGAGGGAUAGGCUGCGUGCUGAACGGGCCGCCCGUCGUGGCAAUGCUGAUCCCAUGAGAUCUGUUCUACUCUCUCCAUUAAAGCAGUUGGUAAGAGGAAAUACACUUGGCAAUCACAUAUUGGACCUUGUUCUAUGUAAUGAUGUCUCGGUGGUUUCCAACUUGAAGGUCAGGCCUCCUAUUGGCACCAGUGACCAUGCACGGAAAUCUGCCGCGUGGGAUAGAGCUGUUGCUACCGGCAAGCCACAGGACUGGGACAGGUAUCGCUCGUUACGUGACCGAUACAACAAGCGUGUUUGGAAGUUUAACAAUAACAUAGAAAAGAGAGUUGAAGUCCAAGCCAACAUUCCAAAACUUGUGACUGCUGAUGGUAGUGCUGCUAUUACAGAUGAUGCUAAAGUAGAGGUAUUAGCAGACGUCUUCAUGCAAUCCUUCGAGAGUGGCUUCCAAUCAGAUUCCUCCUCGCCUGGGGCUGCUUCUGCUCAAUUCCCUAUUAUGGCCGACUCGGUUUGGUUUGCAGCUGCUGAAAUUUAUGAGUUACUUAUCAGGUGGCCAUUGUCUUACUCGACA